AUGUCCGUCCGUCCCCUCUGUUCGCUGCCGACAUUUCCGUCGAUUGACACGUCUACCCGACGUAUGCAUGCCUGCGGCGAGGGGCCUGAUCAUACCGGACCAAAUCACGCCAAGGACGACGAAGGGGAAAACGGCCCGUUUCGCGACAAGGUGCCAGCGGCCCCUGCCACCCACCGCCCUGACAACGGCAAACGGCCGCCGCUACCGUUCAGGACCGACCCCCAGACGGUCAUGGCGUCCUGCAGCACAACGCUGGCACGCCGGGCCCUCUUUGCUUUUUACUGUCAGUUGUGA